UUUGCACAAUAAUCGUACAAUUAGACAACAAAAAUGGCGACUUUCAUGUCAAAUUUUACUCUUCCUCCGCAAGAUCCAAAUUUACCACUUUCUGCUGCUGCAUCAGCUGCUGAUAGGGCGCAGCGUUCAGUGUUUGUUGGUAAUAUUCCAUAUGAUGCUACAGAAGAGCAGUUAAGAGAAGUAUUUGUACAAGCAGGAACUGUAGUAAGCUUCAGGCUUGUGUAUGACAGAGAAACAGGCAAACCAAAAGGUUAUGGAUUUUGUGAGUACCAGGAUGUGGAAACUGCACAAAGUGCGAUGCGAAACUUGAACAAUUAUGAUUUCAAUGGGCGGCCAUUACGAGUGGGUGUUGCUGCAGGAGAGCAAAGUAAAGAUGAGGGUAAAGCAAUGCAGCAAGCCUUAGGUGGGCAAAUUGUUGAGUCACCAUAUGGUGAACCAGUAGAACCAGAAAAAGCUCCAGAAGCAAUCUCUAAGGCAGUUGCGAGUCUUCCCCCAGAACAGAUGUUUGAACUCAUGAAGCAGAUGAAGCUGUGCAUCCAAAACAACCCAAAUGAGGCAAGAAACAUGUUGCUACAGAACCCCCAGUUGGCUUAUGCUCUGUUGCAGGCUCAAAUCGUCAUGAAAAUUGUUGAUCCCCAAGUUGCAAUGUCAAUGCUGUACCGUGAUGAAACCCAGCCCCAGAUAAAUGUCAGUAUGCCUAGUAACCAAAUGAAGCCGCAAAUGGGCAACUCCAUGAUGGCACCCAGGGCCCCACAAGGUAUGCCUGGUCAAAUGAAUCAAGGUCUUGGAAUGAAUGUUGCCCCUAUGGCCCCACCAACUAGACCUGAUAUGAUGAUGAUGAUGAGACCAAGUGUUCCACAAAAUGAUCUUGGAGACCCCCGUAGAUUCCCUCAGCCAAAUAACAUGCAGGGCAUGGCUGGUAGGAUGCAAACUCCAGGUGCUGGUCAAGGCAUGAUGUCCAGCCAGAGACCAGUGGCUGGCCAGUCCUCUGGUGCACCAGCUAACAUGGGAGGACCAUCAUCAAAUGGUGCAGCUAAUAUCUCCACACAGGACCAAGAGAAGGCUGCUCUUAUUAUGCAAGUUUUGCAGCUAACAGAUGAACAGAUUGCCCUACUCCCACCAGAACAGAGACAGAGUAUUCUUAUACUAAAAGAGCAAAUCAAAAGUGGAUAGACACUAAGCACGAAUUCAUUAUUGUUGACUUAUCAUUAUGUAAAAUAAACAUUGGCUUUUCUGUUAUUCUGUGAAUAGGUGUCUGUUAUAAUUAUGGAAAGAGUGUAAAAUUCAUGUGCUGUUCUGUUAUUCUGUGAAUAAAUGUUACACAUAUUUUUGGGAUGAGUAAAAUAAACAUUCAGCUUUACUCUAAAUCUGUUUAUAAAUUGACAAAACAAUGUGGAAUGGUUUUAUGCCGCUUGGCAAUAGUUUUGGUUCUUUUCAGGAUUCUUUGUUCUGUAUCUCUUUUCUAUCUAUAUUUAGAAUUUAAAAUUGAUUUUUCUCUAACUUGUAUAAACCAACCAAAAGAGCCUGGUAGAAUCUUGAGCAACUGAAUUAUUUGAAUUAUUAUCAUCAAACCGGUAUUUUUUGUGAAUUAAACUGAAAAGUUGGUUUUGCUGUACAAGGCGGCUACUAUUCUGUCAAAUUUGUCUGGUUUCUUUUCUAAUACAGUUCAGAUAAUGGGAAUAAUUUACUGUACAGCAUUCCCAUAGGAAAAUUAACAUGUAUGGGAUGUAGUAGGCAGUUUAUCUUUGUUUAUGUUUUUCUUACUUUUAGUUUGAAUAAACAUGAGAUG